GGCCAGAGUAUAUAAAUGCUUGCGCAGUCCAGUUGUUCUACUAUAUCAGAUUGUUUUCUACUUAGGAUUUGCAAGUGCAGAGAAAAAAUAUUUCUGAUCCGCCAUGAGGCCAGUUCUGGAAGCCUUGUUUCUGUGUUGCAUCCUCACAUUUGGAAUCAGCUAUCCCAUGUAAGGUUUAAUUUUGUUAUCCAGAGAAAUGGACAUGGCAGAGACACUGGACAUCUUGCACACUUUGAGUUCUACAAUGGUUCUGAACCAACAGGUGCCCCAAAUCGGUGUGAAGAUGAGGAGGGCUUUGAUGCAGUGACAAUGGAUCAAAAUGGAGUCAUGAACUUUUUUAAAGAAAACUUCUUGUGGAAGGGUGGGUCCAGCGCUGCAGUUUUUGUAAAUGAGAGCUAUCCAGAAGUUGGAGGACAGAUAGAUGAUGCAUUCCGAAUUAAAAAGAAAAAGGCAGAAGAGCAUGAUAGGAUAUUUUUAUUGAAGGAAAACAAGGUAUGGAUUUACACUAAUGGCCAGCUGGAGGCAGAUUGUCCUAAGCUGAUUGCGGAUGUAUUCCCUGGAGUUCCAGAUGAUUUGGAUGCAGCUGUUGAGUGUCAUAAAGAGACAUGCCAGGCAGAAUCUGUGAUCUUUUUCAAAGGUUCUUUGACAGAUAAUGAUAUAUUCGUUUAUGAUUCGAGUACAAACAAAGUCAAGCAAAAGAGCUGGCCUAAAAAUUCUCCUAUUCAGUUCUGUACUGCUGCUCUGAACUGGAUGGAAAGGCAUUACUGCUUCCAGGGAAUAGACUUCUACAGAUUUGAUCCAGUAACAGAAGAAGUAGCACCUGGUACUUACCCAAAAGAUGCACGAGAUUACUUCAUCCAGUGCAAAGGCCGACACCAUGGCUAUGAGGCUGCAAAGAAUGCUACUCUCUGGUCUAUAAAGAAUCGGUGCAACAGCAGGCCAUAUGAUGACUUCACCUCAGAUGACAAUGGGCGUGUCUAUGCUUUCAGAACUGGCUGGUACUUCCGUUUAGAUAUCCAUAGAGAUGGCUGGCAUGCCUGGCCUCUGAGUCAUACAUGGAAAGGGCUACAUGGAGUAAUCACAACAGCCUUCAACUGGGAAAAUAAAAUGUAUUUCAUAAAGGAUUCCCUUGUGUACAUCUACAGAUCAGGACAGGGCUACAGACUUAUAGAAGGAUAUCCUAAGCCUCUUCAGGAGGAGUUAGGCAUUACUAGUGAAGGCUUAGAUGCUGUUUUCACUUGUCCACAUUCAUCACAACUUUAUAUCAUUAGAGGUAACAAGAUGAGGAGUUUAGAUCUCCAACUGGAGCAGAAGACACUGAGUGAAGAAACGUCCAUUCCUCAUGCUCACAUUGAUGGUGCUAUGUGUACCGCAAAGGGAGUAUUUUUGUUUGAGGCUGGAAACUACUACCACUACCAAGAUACCAAUGUCCUGUCCACUGCAUCUGAAGCAUCAACACCACAUAGCAUUGCUAAGGACUUCAUGGCAUGCAACAACUGAGAUAGAUUUAUAGUUGAAAACCAAUCUUUGGUGGAACUGCCAUGAUCAGAAGUUCCAGAACAUGAAUUAUUCUCUUAGAUUUGCAGUACAAUGUAAUCUUUAAUCUGAAACUAUGCAUUUUUCCAUACAUGUAAUGUUCACUCAUUUGUUGCAGUGUUUCAAUGUAAAUGGUGUAGCCCCAUUUUCUGCCUGCUGACUUCAUUUUACAGAAGUGGUUAGAGUUUGGAGACUUUGACAGUCCAAAACAAUGAAAGACAAAUAAUACUUUAACUUAAACAUAAGCUAUAUACCGAGUGCUGAAUUUAUCAUCUGUUAUCUCAAACCGUCACUGAGACACUGUGCAAGUCUUAUGUUAUAUGUUCACCAGAGACCUAAUCUGUCAUUAAAAAAGUUUAUAUAAUAAAGCUGUUAACUAAA